CACACUAUAGCACUGAACGGCCUUUCAAUGGGUGAGUGACUGAGUGUCUGUCAACACAUGACCACUGCAUCGACUGUCACCACAACUGAUCCAGUCAUGGAUGUCGACCAAAUCAGACACGUGUUCGACAAUUCACAGCAUUUGCAUAAAAUGCAGAAAUGCGUCAAACAGAUGAAAGACAUGUAUCAACAAUAUUCGUCAUCCGAUGACGAGUUGAUGGCA